CGUGAAACUGCGAAACCGACAUGAAGAGGAGAGAAAGGGGUGGCGCCAAGCACGUGGUCGCGACAGAAGCCUCGCCAUUGCACUUAAUAUCACGACAUGCGUCCUCAUUCAGCUUUUCCAAGACGGAGCAGGCGAAGCGCGACUUUCUCAAACGGCUGGGGUCGGAUCUCCAACGCAACGAAGUUGUCCCCACGUACAAAGGCGCGUACUCGCUGCCGAAACCCAAGGAGGUCAAAACGACUGCGGAGGACUUCUACUCGACCAUGGAGGUGCGUAGUUGGGGCAGUGGCAGCCACGGGCAGCUCGGGCUCGGUGAUGACCGCCACCGCGCAACACCAGAGCUUGUGCUGGCACUCUAUCGCAUCACCAGCGAUCUUGGACGCGUGCAGCUGUGCUGUGGAGACUUGCUUACAACAGCCAUCAACGAGCUCGGGCACGUUUACGUGUGGGGCCGGUUACCGCUAGACGCAAGCCAAAACAUCAAAGUCCCCGAACGUGUGACGGGGCUCGACAACGUUGUCGUUCGAAGCAUGAGCUGCGGCCCGGGGCAUAUGGCGCUCGUAUCGGAUGAUGGAGCUGUUUACACGUGGGGAAGAGGCCAGUCGGGUCGCUUGGGGCACGGGGAUGACCACAAUGCGUACACCCCCCGCCAGAUCAAGUCGACGUUUGUGCUGCACUCGAUUUACAUACGACAAGUUGCAUGUGGAGAAGAACACACAUUAUUUUUGGCCACCGAUGGAGCCCUAUUUAGCUGUGGGGGCGGUCGAGCAGGCCAAUUGGGCAUUGGCUCGUAUGUCAACUGUUGCGAGGAGCCAUGUCGAGUGCCACUACCACCAGACACGACAUUCGUGCACAUUGCGUGUGGCAUGAAUCACUCCGCGGGCGUCGUGGAUUCAGGGGCUGUCUACACGUGGGGGUGGGGGGAGCAAGGGCGUCUGGGCCACGGCAACGAAGAGUCUCAUCCAAGUGUCAAGUGCGUCGAAGGGCUUCGACAUGUUAAAGUCACGACGUUGAGUUGUGGAGGUGCUCAUUCCCUGGCCUUGUCGUCGUGCAAAAAGGUGUUUGCGUGGGGUUGGGGUAGCUUUGGCCAGUUGGGGUUAGGGUCGUGUCACGAUGCGCUGGUCCCAAAACCGAUCAAAGCCCUCGAACAUGUCCAUGUAAUCGCUUGUGGGUUUGGUCAUUCGGCGGCUGUGACGGACACGGGGGUGCUGUAUAUGUGGGGAUUCGGGGAAGAAGGGCAGAUUGGAGCCGGCGACGAGCGAAACCACGACUCGCCCCAGAUGGUAUGGACUGUACCUGUGAAGUCGAAACCCGUCGAUCCGCCAAACGUUUUGCACAUUUCGCUGGGGAAAGCGCACUCGAUGGCCGUGGCCCUACUGAGUAUGCACCAAGACCGACGGAGACGGCUCAAUCCCGACACCGUUCGACAUGCGGCCAUCUCACUGCAGUGUUUUGUACGGGCGACGGUGGCCCGCAUUAAGCUCAAGAAACUACUGCGAGUACAGGACAAACAAGCACAGGACGACGUCACCGCUGCGUUUGCCCUCCGUCGGGAACAAGAAGUUGACCAGUUUCAGGACGCUGCGAAUCGAGAGGCGGAUGCCACCGCUCGCGAGGCUCAAGCUCAAGAAUUCGCAGACAUGCAGAAACGGCAGGUGGAGAUCACAGCCGCAACGUGCCUUCAGCGCAUGCUUCGGGGGUGGUUGGCACGCUUGAACUUCAAAGUGCGGUGGAAGCAGUACCAGGAUGAGAGGGCAGAGGCCGAGACCGCGGCGCGCGAGAGAGCGGCAUUUCUUGCUCUUGAAGAACGGGAAGCGUUUCGCAUGGCGACGGACGAAGUAGCGACGUCGUUUGUUCGUGAUGUCCUGAUCGAAGUCCAUGCGAACGAGGAGCGACAAGUGGAAAUACGAUGGCGAGCUGAGGAUUCGAUUGCCCAGGCCAAUUUGCAUCGAGAAACGCAACUGAAGCUGGAACAGGAAGAGUUGGAGCGAAGAAAUGCCGUGCAAGAGCUGGCGAGGCACCAACGCGAAUUGAGGCGCCAAGAAGGCAUCGAGGCGGCCGAGGCGGAGCACCGUGCCCGGCGGGACCGAGAGAUCGCCGACACCAAGGCCAAAUUGCAGGCACGUAAACUCCAGGCAGCAGCGGCGGCGGUGGGGCAACCAACGACGAAAACGUCGAAGCAGUCGUCGGAACGGAGGCGGCGGUUAAGGGACAAGCUGAGGCAAAAGGCCGCCGACGAAAUCAACAUUAGCCGGGAGAAGCGCGAUAAAUUACGAGCAGAGUUGGCGGACCGAAGGAAAGUGGUGGACGAAAAGCUCCAGGAACAGCAACAGCUCGCGGCGAAACUGGAGUUGGCGCGCCACCACCGGAUUUUUCGCAAUAGCCUCAAGGAAACACCCGUGGUUCCUCGACCGACUGCAGCGUUCCAAGUGCGCGCGUCGUUCAUUGCAGAAACAUAUCGAGUUCUACCCGGCGACCCUAAGCCGCAUUAUGUAUUGGAUCCGAAUGCAGCCGCGGCGGUGCACUUUGAAGUAGCACCAGCCGCCGCCGCUGUCCCGACCAACCACCCCCGAAAGUCGAAAGUUCGCAUCUUCAGAGAGCUCCAGCGCUCCAAGUCGUCAUCUGACGGGACCAGACCAGAGCAAUCGGCCAUGCCUACCGGUGGCAAUAAUUCUGGGGACGUUUAAUAUGACGUGUAGCGGCUAGCCAUAGUUGUCGUGCUGAUGUAAGGCCUAAUAUGAAACGCAUUGACGACAUCUUGC